AGAGAGAUGUAAAAGUUAAGAGCUAGAUCUUCAUUGUGAUUAGUAGUUUUGAGUGUUGAAUCUCAAUUAAAGGGUACUGGCAUGAAAACAUCAACGUUAAGCAAUCAUGCAGUGAUAAGUUUCUUCCUUCUUAUCGUCGGCUUAUCUUCAAUCUUUGUGAGCGUUAACGCCUCGAGGAACCAUAUUGUCGGUGGGGUUCAUGGAUGGGGUUUCCGUUCUGGUUCAUACAAUAUUUGGGCUCUUCAUAGAUCCUUCGCUGCAGGGAAUACGCUUCAAUUUAAGUACACACGUGGAGCACACAAUGUUGUUCGAGUUCAUGCUGCUGGGUACGAGAAGUGCAGGGCAACGGAAAAGGAAUCAGCGAAAGCAAUGUCGACAGGAAGUGACAAGUUAACACUUAAAAAAGGAAUGAAUUACUUCAUUUGUAGUUUCGAAGGACACUGCACGGCAGGCAUGAAGAUCAAAGUACAUGCUAAGUAGUGUUUUCCGAGGUAUAGAGAUGCGCGCAUCUCAUUUCGGAAUAACUCUGAUUUUCCCCUUUCACAAUGAGCAUGGUACAAUAAGUUAGUUUAAUGGGAAGGCAAUCAGAUAUAACAAAUUAGCUUCCACGAGUGUAUUGUGAAAAUUUCAUUCCUUCUAUUGAUUUAUAGAUCUUUAUUUGUCCUUGUAACUGGGGAUGUAUGCCAUGGGUGAAAACAAAAAU